GGAAUCAAACAUCGCGCCAAGGCGCCAUUACUGGUUCGUAAAGCAAUCGCUCAUCUCUCUGCGGCAUUCUCACAAACACUUGGAGAGGCGACGUUGCAUUGGUAAUCUUCCUCCAUGUUUAUGGCUGUUCGGAUUGCUAAUCCUUCGAAGGCCCUAAUCUCGAAUGAGUACAAUGUGAAUCCUUCUCGUCAUCUUCAAUUUCUUAACUUGAACGAGCUCACAUAUUAUCUAUGCAGAAAUCGUUUUGUGGAGUUAUGGUCGUGGUCGCAAUCCCGGUCGAUGACAAACAGUAAGCGCGUUCAGGAUAGAAGCCGCUUGAAGAGAGUGCAUGAUCUUGAAUUAGCGACGGAAAAAUGGAAGGUAGCUUACAAGGUACUCUUCUUGAUUGAAACCCUCAAGCAGGAGCCUGAGAUGAUAAUUCCUGUUAGGAAUUUAGAGCAAUAUCGUAGACAAAUCAAUCUCCCGAAACCGCAUAAGGUCUCGGACUUCAUUAGAAAAUCGCCUAAACUGUUUGAACUAUACAAGGAUCAGAGGGGUGUAUUGUGGUGUGGAAUGACUAAACAAACCGAAGAUUUGGUGGAGGAGGAGGAGAAGUUAAUUGAACAACAGGCUGACAAAGCUGCCGAGUAUGUUACUAGGUUUUUAAUGAUGUCAGUGAAUAAGCGGCUUCCGGUAGACAAAAUUGCUCAUUUCAGAAGAGAUUUUGGGCUUCCACUUGAUUUUCGAGCGAAAUGGGUGAAUGAUUACCCUGAACUAUUUAAGAUGGUGAAGUCUGAGGAUGAAUGUGAAUAUUUGGAGCUUGUUUCUUGGAAUCCUGCCUGGGCUGUAACAGAGUUGGAGAGGAAGUUUAUGGGUGUGACUGAGAGCACUGCUACUCAUACCCCAGGUUUGCUUUCACUUCCUUUUCCCUUGAAAUUUCCUUCCAAUUACAAGAAAAUGUAUAGAUAUGGAGGGAAAAUUGAUCACUUCCAGAAGAGGUCUUAUUUGUCUCCAUAUGCCGAUGCCAGAGGGCUACAAGCUGGCUCACUUGAAUUUGAUAAAAGGGCUGUUGCUGUUAUGCACGAGUUACUUAGCUUUACCAUGGAGAAGAGACUCGUUACUGAUCACCUUACCCACUUUAGGCGGGAACUUGUGAUGCCUCAAAAACUAAUGAGACUUCUUUUGAAGCAUAUUGGGAUUUUCUAUGUUUCAGAGAGGGGUAAAAGAUUUAGUGUUUUCUUGACAGAAGCUUAUGAAGGUCCGGAGUUGAUUGAUAAAUGCCCUUUGGUUCUUUGGAAGGAGAAGGUAUUAAGCCUCGUUGGUUAUAGAGGAAAGAAAAAGAAGAUUGAAACUUUUGAUGACAUUUCUGAAAUGGAGGACGACAGUUUGGGUUUGGCUGAGAAUGACCCUGAGUUGGAUAUGGAGGAUACUGGUUGUUCAGAAGAGACUGCAUUAGAUGUUAAUACAAUUGACACGGAAACUAGGGAUCUUCUUAGUGGGUAAAAGGAUUCUGAACCUUCAUGAGCAUCCAUUUAAUCUAAUCUUCUUUAUUGAUGUCUGGAGGAAUGAAACCAUCAGUUCGGUUCUAUGGAGUGAAGUUUAGUCCUGACCUAUUCUGAAGCAAUCUAUUUAUCUUAUCAUAUGUAUGUAACAGAUAACGUCUGCUCUAUCAAUGUUUCUCUCGGCCCUCCAGCAGAAGGAGUUGCAUUUGAUCAGAACAAUGAAGUGAACAUCUCUCCCAAGAAUCUUACUGAUGCUUGAGGUUUGUUAAUUCUCCAAUCUUUUAUGAAGUAUUUGAUAAAUGGAAAUAUGGUGUCAUUCUCACCAGAAGUGCUCAUUAAGUUUCUAACGAGUACACCCAGUUUUAAAUUUCAAAUAAUUACUUGAUGAAAGAGCAGGAAGUAUUCACGUGCAAGAUCUCAGAUGUGAUCCAUCAUCUAAAGCACAAGAAAUAUUAUUACCCACCAAGUCAGCAUUGAAAGUAUUGGUUUGCUCAAUGUUAAUUGGGAUCAAACAAAAAUUCCUCAGUUGUUAUGAGGUAUUGGAAUUGGUAAUUUCAAAAGAUGAAACUUUGCUCUUCUGGAAAAAUGGAUUUGGAGGUCUAUCCAUGAGGAAAUGGCUCUUUGGCGUAAUCUCAUUGUUGCCAAGCAUUAUUCCUCUGGUUUACUUGUUUGGCCUCAGCCUAUUCAGCAUGGAUCUUAUAAGGCUCAUGGCGAUUUAUCAGCUCUUGUAGAAAUAUUGUUGCUUGUCGCGCUAGAUUGGGCAAUGGUUCAUCCAGUUCCUUUUGGCUUGAUUCAUGGCUUAAUUGUGGGAUUCUCUCGUCUGUUCAGGUUAUCUACACGACAUUCUAUAACAGUUGGUGAUGCGUAGAUAUUGUCUCAAAGUGCUUGUAAUUUAUUUCCUUGUUGGAAUCUUCUUGAUUUGGAAACUGGGCUUCUCUAUCGUUUCUAUUAUCUUCAGCUACAUUAGUGGUUACAAUGAUUCUUGGUCCUGGUCCCUUGAUCCAUCCAAUUCUUUUACAGUCAAGUCUCUCAUAGCUGCUUUAGUGAACAACCCUGAUCAUUCUUCCAACUCUCUUUGUAAGAUGAUUUGGUCAGACUCUUAUCCAAAGAAGAUAAAAAAAAAAUCUUUGGGAGCUUAGUCUUGGAGCUAUUAACACAAUUGAUAGACUACAAAGACGCAUGCCUUAUUUAUCGCUCUCCCGUUGUUGGUGUAUUAUGUGCUCAGCUCAUAAGGAAGAUUCGGGUUACCUUUUUCUUCAUUGUUCAUUUGCUUCUCGAUACUGGGCCAUUAUUGUUGAUGUUUUUACAUGGUCUUUUGCUUUUCCGGACUCACGCUAUGAUUUUCUUGACUACAUCUUUGAUGGCCAUCCUUUCCAUGGCGAAAAGAAGACUCUUUGGCUUGCUUUUAAUCGAGUGUUUUUUUGUUUCUCUAGCUGGAAAGGAAUGGUUGUCGCUUCUGGGAUUCUUCUUCCUCCUUCCAUAGUUUUAUGGAUUUGAUUUUGUCUCAUGUGUUGUAUUAGUGUAGACGUUAUCGGCCUUUGUCUGAUCAAAUUCUUAUUUAAUUUUCCAUUGGAAAUUUUUUAUGUAAUCUCACCUUUAGGUGUUUAUGGAGUUUUUAAUCUUUUAUUUCAUUCUUCAAUGAAAUUGUUUCCUUUCUUUAAAAAAAAAUGUGCAGAAUGAUCACAUUAUGUAUAGUUGCAAAUGUAGUGGAACUAAUCUUUGGAUUUGUUGGAUUUGUAAUGCACAUGUAAAGAUAAUUCUGGCAAACUGAGAAUCAUUUAGUGCACAGAGGAUGGAGCUGCUUGAGAUGUCUUUGAAAUGGCUCGUCAAGUGGGGGUUGAUGCAUAUCUGUUUCCUGUUUGUUGUUGGAUCUGCCACAUGAAUAUCAUGACAUUCAGGUUUUUUUUUUCUUACUGGUUAUAUGAAUGAAUCGGGUUCAUUUCUAUGUACGGUGAAGGAUUAUUUUCAAUUCCUAAAAUUAAUCGGUUUGAUAUGUUGAUGAGAAUGAGAAGUACUUCAGAUUGAUUUUCUAUUCGAAAUUAUAAUUUAUAGUACGGAAUCUACAAUGGCUUAAACUGUACUGCUUCACACGUCUAUUUCCUAGCCUUUGUAAUAUGUGCUCAAUGGAAUGCUUUCAACAUCUGUAGUAAAAAAGAUUAUGGCAAAAUAGACUUAUCUAGCUCAUUCAAGGCGAUUACAAAAAGUCUUGAUAAGCUUUUGGAAGUAAGAUUGUGUAUAAUGGCUUUUCUAGACUGAUGUGUAUUUUAGAAUCCUCUUAUGUAGGGAGAUAUAAAAAUUGAUGCAAUUUAGAACACAAGAGAAGAUGGAAAGAAGAAAGUAGAGAGAAAUAUCAUUAUUCUCAAUUGUAGAACUUCUAUUUAUAGAGUGGUAAGAAUAGUGGUAAGAAUAGUUGUUACAAGAACCAAACAUGAAGAAGGAAAAAUAAAGUUAUGGAGAUUAAUGAAUGAAUUUGUAACCUACAACAUCUACACAAUUCUAAUAUUUAUAACAAAUAGGUUGAUUUUUAACUUUUUUUCCCCUAAAAGAAGAAUGUUCUUUUAUGAUAGUAAAUAUUACACUUACAUGGUCAAAGAAUAAGUGAAGAGUCUGAAUAUUGGUGAUAACUGGCAGAAAUGCCAGUUAUUAUAAGUCUUUUAUUUAGAAUCAUGAGGGCUAAUAAGUAGAAAAUCCGGUGAUAAUACUUAAAAUUUGCGAAAAAUUGAGUUUUGCAUCAAU